CGUUCCCCAGUGAUUCCUCCACGCCGCUAGGGGGCAGUGCCGCUUCCGCCCUCCCCGCGUAGCCCGGACGCUGCGUCAGCACCAUGGAGCGGCGGGAGGCGGGAGCGGCCGCGAUGAGCGCCCCCCAGCGGUCGGAGCUGGCUGCCGCCGCCGCCGCCUUCCUGCGGCUGGGCGAAGAGCGCCCCCCAGCGGCCAUGAACCUGCUGCAGCGCAAAGGACGUCAGGACUGGAGACCCCCCCCGCGCGAGGAGGAGCCGAGGAAGGGAGCCUCCAAGGCACGGGACGGGGGCAGCUCCCUGCGCCGCCCGCUGCGGGUGGGGUUCCUGACGCUGCCGGCCCCACAGGAGAGGGGGCCCCGACCCUGCACCCCCGGCAUGGCCCCGCGAUCCCUCUCCUGCCACGCCGUGGGGCUGCCCGAGAGCGGAGCCCCCCCGCGGCCCCACGGCCCCCGCGCCGGACCCCCCGAGGGGCGCCUGGAGGCACCGCCGGCCAAGAGGGGAGGUGCCCCGCGGGGGGGCUGCAUGCGGCAGACCCCCCCCCUGAAGCCGUCCCGGAGCCCGCAGACCCGGCUCUCGGCCCCCCCAAGCACCUCGGAAGCCGGAGGGGGGGGCCCGGAGGGGGAGGAACCGGUGUACAUCGAGAUGGUGGGGGACGCGAGGAGGGCGGGGGGGGGCGGGGCCAAGAGGGGGGGCCCGCCCCCCCCGGCCCCCCCUCCCGAGGAGCCCGAAGCCAUCUACGAGGAGAUGAGCUGCCCCCUCCCGCCGGGCGAGGACGGCGGCCACGCCCCCUUUUCUCGCCCCGCCCCUUUCCAUGGCCACACCCCCUUCGGGGCCCCCGCCACGCCCUUCCCCGGCCACGCCCCUAUUCCCGGCCACGCUCCUAUCCCCCCACCCUUCCCCAAUCUCCUCACGCCCCGCCCGCCGCUCCUGGCCACGCCCUCCGAGGGCUCGCGCCUGCCCCUCCCUCGCCGCGAGGCUCCGCCCCCUGCCCGCGCGCGCAGCCACUCCACGCCCCUCCCACCGCCCCCGUCCGCCUCCCUCCACCACCCAGGGGCGGGGCGGGAGAGGGGAGGGGCGGGACUUGGCUCCUUGCCCCUCCCGCCUGCCCCGCCCAUCGCCGCCGAGGCUCCGCCCCUCGGGAAGCGCCCGCCAGCCUAUGACAGCUUGCGAGGGGGCGUGGCCUCGGCAAACCCCUCCCUCCCUCGUGAAGAAGACCCCGCCCCUCGUCGCGCAGGCUCCGCGCCCAAUCGGCGUGGGAAAGAGGCCGAGAGGACAUCAGAGCCCCCCCGGGAGGAGCGGGGGGGGGUGGCUCCCCCCCCCUCGGGGAUCCCGGUGCGAGCAGAGGGGUCCCGGGGGCGGCCGGGGCCCCCCCUGCCCUGCCAGACCUUCCCUGCCUGCGGGCGGCCGUCAGACUCCCCCCUCGGGCACCGCUUGGGCCGCUCCGCCUCCACCUCCGGGGUGCGCCAUGCGGGAGCCCCCCCUUUUCCCCGCGGGCCACCCCCCCCGGUGCGCCCGGUUCCGCCGCCGCCCCCGCCCAAGGCCGCUGUCCGGAGGGGUCCCACCGAACGCCGCCCCCCCCCCCGCGGGACGGGCGCCUCCAGGAGGUGAUCGACCGCAAGCGCUGCGUCUGCACCGAGAUCAAGGCGCGGGGGGGGCGCGGGGGGGGCGGGGGGGGCUCUGCAAGCAGGACAGCCUC